UGUUGGUAUGUUUGCAGCUAUAGAAGACCAGCAACAUAUUUACAGUCGGUUACAACAGGCUGUUUCUGAACAGAGAUAAACAAACCUGCACGAGCCGCGAUCUGUUGACGUCUUCUGAACCAUCAGUCCCAUUCAGGUAAUGCUUCACCCGUUUCAUUGAAAUAUCACUGUUUGUCUCACCUUGUCCAUCAUCUUCACAUGGAUACACUGCAGCUGCAUGCAACUACCUAGGAGUGACUAUGGGGAAGUCAAUUUCCCACCUCACCAAGCAGACAAGCGAUGACGAGGACCGGCUCUCCUCUCCUGAGGACGAUCAAACUGAGGAUGGCAAGGACGGAGACGUCUCCCAGUUUCCUUACGUGGAGUUCACAGGACGGGACAGUGUGACAUGUCCCACAUGUCAGGGCACAGGGAGGAUACCCAGAGGACAAGAAAAUCAAUUGGUGGCAUUGAUUCCAUACAGUGACCAAAGGCUACGGCCCAGGAGGACGAAGUUGUAUGUCUCAGCUUCAGUGGUGGUCUGCCUGUUACUGUCCAGUCUGGCCGUGUUCUUCCUCUUCCCUCGCUCCAUCGACGUCUCCUAUGUUGGGGUGAAGUCUGUUUUUGUCAGCUAUGACCAAGACAAGCGCAGCGUCUAUCUCAACAUCACAAACACUCUCAACAUUACAAACAACAACUACUACUCAGUGGAGGUGGCCAACAUCACAGCCCAGGUGCAGUUUGCAAAGACAGUGAUCGGUAAAACCCGCAUCAAAAACAUCAUUGCCAUCAGCCCUCUGGACAAGAAACAGACUGAUUAUAUGGUUCCCACCAUCAUCGCAGAUGAGAUGAGCUACAUGUAUGACUACUGCACCCUGCAAACCAUCAGGGUUCACAACAUUGUCGUCAUGAUGCAAGUCACUGUCACAACAACAUACUUUGGCCACGUGGAGCAGGUGUCUCAGGAGAUGUACCAGUAUGUGGACUGUGGCGGGAACACAACCUCUGUCAGAGGGAUGCCCCAGCCCUUUAACAUCCCAAACCCUGCUGAGUAACCCCCACCUGUGUGUUCCUCACUGGCCCUGACUCAGGCCCUGGAUGGUCACCUUAGGUGCUUUACGGUGUUCCCUCUUCUUCUAUACCUGCAGGGUCUAACAAUCUGCUGUUGACAUGAAAGUGUAGAGUGGAAUUCAAAACCAACACUAACAAAGUCUACACUGAAAUAAGAAUUGCACCCAGAAAAUGUUGCAAAGCAAAAGUGUUGACGUGUGUGUGGAAGCACAUUGCAUUCAGCAAAGAAAGCAAAUCAACAGGAGUGCUUUGCUAAUUAAGAGAUCUGUAUCCAAAAGAUGUUUUUGAAACAAUUACAAGUGAACUGUUUCAUAAUUAAGAGAUCCUUAUCUACUAAGUACUACGUUUCUCUUAACUCGUGUUUGAAAUAAUACAAAGGUGUUUCAUAUAUACAAGAUCCAUGACUCGUAAUUAUAAGAAAACAAUUAAGCAAAAAUAAUACUUGUAGUUAUGAAAAGACCACUGCAGUAAGUAGUAAACAGUGCAAUUGCAGAUACACGUGUCAUAACUACCAGACCUGUUGGGAGAAAAAAUAUCUAUAAUAAUCAAGUUUUUGCAGAAAACCCAAUCCCAAAAUUAAAAUUUUAAAAUUACAAAAUCAUUACCUUGAAAUUAAGAGAGAAGAAUUUGCUACACUAUAGUAUAAAUAGAUUUAGUUUAAGCAUUAUAUCGAUACUUCAUAGAUUAAACAAAAUAUUUUUUUAACUCUGAGAUCCAUAUUUUUAAAUCUGAAUCUAAUUAUUAUGAGAUGCUAAUAUAUGAUUCUAGCGAAUGUGGCAAAUCUUUUUCUCCUUUAAGAAUGCAGUGUGCACUCCACAAUGUUUCCAGAUUAUCUAGUAGCCUAAAGGGUUGUUCUGUUUUCCUGCCUGACAUGCUGAAAGUAAGGUAUUCGAUUCAAUGCUUUCUAAUGUAUCCUGAAAGAUAACAUCUGUUAUCAUGACAAUGCUCUUACAUAAUCUGAUUACAUGAAAAGCGUAAUUAUUAUUUAUACCAUUUAAACCAUAAUGCACUACAUGGAUCUAUUUAAAGGGCACAUUUUAUUAUAGGUCUUAAGUUCUCUAAAACAUGUUUAUCCACCAUAGUGUGUCGAGCUCCGUAAAGAUAAGUAAUGAAAACAUGGUGAUGUUACAGCACAAAAAUAUUCAGAUGCUGUUCUGUCAGAUACUGACAUAAGUUGAUUUUAUCCAUAGUAUCUCCUUUGGGUUUUUUUUACAAUCUACUUACUUGCCUAUAGUAGCUUUUGGCUGUCAGAUGCUCAGUAUUGGUUUGUUGCUAAAAUGGAGGCUUUCCUGUUUCCAAUUUAAAGUUAGAGGUGAACAUUCUGAUGGGGGCAGGUGGUGACAAUUUCUGAUGUGGUAGCUCUCUAACUUUUAAGAGAGUCUGUUUUGUUUUUUUAUCAUUCCACUGUCGGGAUAGAUGUUUUUAAUCUAAUGUUUGCAAUUAAAGAGUUAUGGCUUCUUGACACCAGAAUUCAAAAUAACAUUUGGAGUAAAGUUGGUUCAUUUCAGUGAAAUCAAUGGAUUCCCUCAGUUGGGAGGAAGUUCAUUUCAUCACAUCUUGCACAUCAUCUACAACUUUGGAAAACUUUGAGAUAUUUCAGCCAGUAAACAAAAGCUAAAGAAAAAGUCCUUAGGUGAUCAGGGGCCUCAUUUAUUAAUCAGUCAGUGAGAUUCAUACUAAAAGUCUAAAUGUGCACGAAAGCUGAAAAUGGCAUAAGCAAAAAAAAUAAAUAUAAUUUAUAAAACCGUGCCCAUGCUGACCUGAACGCAAUGCUCACUUUAUAAUUCACUGUCUACCUGUGAAUGUUGAUCUGCUGCUAUGUCGGCCUUGUACAAGCCCACGUUCAACCAUAAAUGGUCAAUACAAAGCACCUCAUGAAUAUUAAAUUUUCCUGCUGAUCAAUGGGUUUCCAUGAGUCAUGACCGUCACGGCAUCAAGCAAUGAGAAGACGAAGUGAAACUUUCUGAUACUGACAUCGUGUUUGUUAGUCUGGUGGAGGUGAAGAGAGAUUUUAUGGGAAAGCGGUGAUGUCACUAAUAAAGAAAGUGCACUGAUGUGCUGCAGUUGCUGUUGUUAUAAUAGUACUUGAGAGUGAGCACGAUAGAUUGAAUGGAGCCUGAAAUAAAAAAAGAUCCAACUCAAAGGUGCAGUCAAAAGAAAAACACUAUCAGAAUGUGAGGGGACUACUGUUCUUAUUUUAAUCAUCCAAAACUGCAGGAUUAUUAAAUUCAGAGACAGAUGUGAUCCUCAAUCUAUAGAAUUUAACAGAAUUUUUAUUAUAUGCUUGUGUUUGUACUGGGAUGGUUGGGUUCCGUCGGUCGAUCUGUGUGAUACUGAACUAACUCCAUCGUCAUGGUUACAAAACUCUGAUCGCUGAACCCACGUUUCCUCCUCAUCCAUUCAUUUAUGCACAGUGUUAGAGGACAUUAUUAAAACCUAUUAAUGACUCGGCUCUGCUACUCCACUGUUUAUUUGUAUCUAAGCUUAAUUUGCUGGUUGGUGUUUAUCGUCUUCUUCAAUUAAAUUAAUGUUAGUUUUAGUGUUAAUGAUGAAGUGGGUCAUUAAUCUGGCUUCAGUUCACCACCAACACCAUUGUGUUUAUUCUGUCUUCAUUCCUAAUAGGUUGAGGAGAAUAAACUACAUCUUUUGUUCCAAUAUAGAAAAGCACACUUGAAUUGUUAUUUAAUCCAAAAUGCACCUGUAACAAUCCCUAUGAAAACGUUACUGUAGUAGUAGUAUUUAUUUAGGACCCCUAACAUAAACCCUUAACAACCCACUUGAACAAUAACUUUUAAAAAACAUGACUCCUACCUCUUCUGACAUGUUGUUGCUAUGUAUUUGUUUUGAAUAAAGUUUUACAAUCAA